UCACGAGCGUCAUUCCUCUCCAGCACUCAUUAGGAAAUAACCGGAAAGAGAUAGAGAGAGAGUGUGUGUUUCUGGAAGUAACCGGCUGAUUAAACGAUCCUCAACGCGCCGAUUUCUGAGCGACAUUCUCAAAACACCAACAUGGCGAAGAAGAGAAGCGGCGUGCGCGAACCAGAAGGCGCUACUCUGACCGAAGAGGAGAAAUCGACGACAAAAGAAGCGCAGCCUCUUAAAGCAGCGCAGUAUACCGGAGGUGGAUCUGCACGCAUGUCCCUCCUCAUCCUGAUCUCCAUCUUUGCCUGCGCUGCUUCAGUCAUGUACCUGGUUUACAGGAACUUCCCCGAGCUGAGCGAAGACGAGAGGGACAAGAUAAAAAUCCCCAAAGACAUGGAUGAUGCUAAGGCACUGGGUACCGUGCUCUCCAAAUAUAAGGACACCUAUUAUACCCAAGUGCUUGUGGCAUAUUUUGCUACUUAUGUCUUCCUCCAGACAUUUGCCAUUCCAGGUUCGAUUUUCCUCAGUAUCCUAUCUGGUUAUCUGUAUCCCUUCCCCCUGGCCCUGUUCCUUGUUUGCCUGUGCUCGGGACUGGGAGCGUCUUUCUGCUACAUGUUGUCUUAUUUAGUAGGCAGACCCGUGGUGUACAAGUACCUCACAGAGAAGGCGCAGAAAUGGUCACAACAGGUUGAUAAACACAGAGAACACCUGAUCAAUUAUAUUAUCUUUCUGAGAAUUACACCUUUCCUCCCUAACUGGUUUAUCAACAUCACUUCUCCGGUCAUCAACGUGCCACUGGGAGUCUUCUUCUUUGGAACAUUCCUUGGAGUUGCCCCUCCAUCUUUCGUAGCGAUAAACGCAGGAACGACGCUGUACAAGCUGACCACAGCGGGCGAGGCCGUGUCCUGGAACUCCUUGGCUGUGCUGGCUGUUCUAGCCGUAGUCUCCAUCCUCCCGGUUUGCUUCCAGAAAAAGCUGCAGGAAAAGAUGGAGUAAAGCGCCGCCUCGCUUCCCUCACCCGUCAUCCAUUUCACCCUGCUUGUCCUGGUCCUCGCACGCACAGCUGUCUUUUUCUUCUUUUCUUUCUUUCGUUAUGGAAAACGGGCCCGGAACUGUUGAACUCGGACUGGCUCGUGACCACAAGCUCCUUCUUUUUCCUCUGUCCCAGAAUGAUCCAUGAUCUUAUUAAUUGUUUUGUACGUUUUUAACAACCUUGUGUGAUUAAUGUUCCCAUGUUGAAUAUUUGUUUUUAAUUUUCUAACGUUAAAGCAAUACCGUUUGAGGCCCGUGUUGCAUUGGCAGCACAAACUGGGUGCUAUGCCAGGAGAAAUCGAAAUACAACACCUCUCACUAUGCCGUGCCAUCAAGAAAGUUUCCCCACAGUUUGGCUAUUACAGUAAAUUUAAAAAAAAAAAAAAAAAAAAAAAUGAUGGAGGAGUCGGUCCUGCUGCCAACCACAUUUUCCUGGUCUCCACGUAAUUAUGGAUCAGAAGACACGAGAAAUGUUUUCGCACAGAUCAGUCAUAACGUUAAUGCCUUACCAUGUCACCUGUCAAGGGGAGGGAUAUAUUCGGCAGCAAGUGAGCAAUCAGUUCUCAUGUGUUUUGAAGCAUCUGAGGCGACUUUGACAAGGGCCAAAUUGUGAUGGCUGAGUUGGAUAUUCUCCAAAUCUCCAUGUCUUGUGGGGUGUACCAACCUAAGGUGGGCCAAACAGUGAACCAGAGAUGAUCCCUUUCCACGAGGAGCAUCAGAACCCGGACCAUGGAGCAGAGGAAGAGAUGGCACUAAGAUGUACAUUGUGAAGAAAACAAGCUGGCAUGCUCUGAGAAAUGUUCCGCUAGAAAACCUUGAGUCUGAUCCAGCGUCUGUGGGAUGUGCUAGACGAACAACUCGCAGGACGUAAAGAAUCUGCUGCUUACAUCUUGGUGCCAGAGAUAUUGUUCCACAGCACACCUUCCGAGGUCUCGUGCAGUCCGUGCCUCGACGGGUCAGCGCUGUUUUGACAGCCCUACACAAUAUCAAGCAGGUGGUUUUUAUGUUAUGACUGAUUAGUGUAUAAUAUGUAUUUUUUUUUUUGUCUUUUUAUUAUUAAUUUUUCUAGUAAUGUUUUUGCUUUAAUCCACUUUGUCUUAAAUAGCAAGUUACUGGAAAUGGACUGCAGCGGUUCUUUUGAUUUAUUUUUUUUAUUUCUCCACCUUGGACAUAAAAAAAUGAAAAACAGGAGUAAGAAUGAUGAGUUUUAACUGGUUCAAUAAUGAAGACUGAAGUCAGAAGGAACCUCCUAAAUUUUAAUUAUAUUAAAAACAAAAAACAUAACAUUUUAAGAAAUACAUAUCUGCAUAUCCAGCAGUGUUGUUUGGACUGAAUGUACAGUAAGUGUGCUGGGUGAAAUUUUCUACCACACGAAGGCAGAAUCUGGAUACCUCAUUGUGUAUGAUCUUUCUGUUUACUACAUCUUCAUCCAAAGCAUCGGUUUAGUCCCUUAGUUCUCAGUCCUGCUUCUGGAAGUACUCCUGCUCUGUUUUUUUAAUUUUUUUUUCCCUUAGCUAAUUAGCUAAUAAAUAAAUUAAUUAAUCAAAAUGUACAGGGCGUGGCUAGACUCCUGUAAAGAGCAGUAUUGGGAACCUGCGGUUUAGUCUCUUUCAGUCCGAUCUCUUUCUGCAGCUCUGAGACUAGCCUACAUCGCUAGUUUAUCCCAGCCAACCUCUCAAGUCAUUUUAAAAGCACAUCCAUAUGACUACCAUGCAUUUCUACAAUGCCUUUUCUUUGUCUUAUACGAUUUGGGUUGCCUCCACACACACACACACACACACACACUCAUACAGUAUUACAUUGACCUCUCUGGAUGUUCUAUGUAAAUGCUACUAAUGAAUAACGUUUUCUUUCAAAUGUCAUUAUGAAAUGUUAUAUAAUGAAGAUAUUUAUUAAGAAACGAUUAAAACAUGGUUCCCUUCA